AUGGAAGAUGCAGACGAUGAUUUUUCCGGAGAACAGCUAUUGCCUAGAUCAAUAGAAUCUACCGAAAGUUCAAUAUUUUCAGAACCAAUUGAUAAUGAAGAAGACUCACAACGAUCGUCAGUGGAGUCACAACGAUCGUCAGUCGGCAGUGAACCACAACAACAGUUAGAUGCAAUAGGAGUUAAUACAACGGCACAGCGUCAUAUUAUGAUUAGUUAUAACGAAAUGUCCAGAUCAAGAUGUAUUGAAAUUCGAAAUGAGCUAAAGAAAUUAAAAUUUCGGGUCUGGAUGGAUGUAUUUGACAUGUAUGGAUGUAUAUUGAAAUCAAUGGCUGAAGCUGUUAAAAAUUCGAGCAUUGUUUUACUUUGUGUAACCCAAAAAUAUUAUGAUAGUUAUUAUUGUUAUUUAGGUAUGUAG